AAACUAAAAUAUCAUUCUCACUCACAUCAUCACCACCUCUCCAAUAAUUCCUUUCUCUUUCUCUACACACACUACACACACUGCCAACUACUCAGCAGAAAAAUGGCAAUGGCGAAUGCUUUCUCCAGCUCUUCCUUCACCGCCCUCCGAUCAAAACCUUCCGACUCUUCCCUUCCUCCGCCUUUGAGUUAUUAUUCACCCGCCUCAAAGCCCAUGCGCUACUUUUCGGUCACCCCGCGAUUUAACUCGUCCCCCAAAAAGUAAAACUGUAAAGAUGUGUGCCUCAGUUGAUGGGGUAGACUCAGUUGGUUCGAUGUCAUUGAAAUCUGAGCAGGAGAAUGAUAACGUUCCAAUGCCUAUUGUCCUGAUAGAUCAAGAUUCUGAUCCUGAUGCAACUAUUGUGCAAGUUAGUUUUGGAGAUCGCCUUGGUGCUCUUGUUGACACGAUGAAGGCGCUUAAAGACUUGGGCUUGGAUGUUUUGAAAGGAACUGUUUCUACUGAGAACUCAGUCACACAAACAAAAUUUUUUAUCACUCGACUGGCAACAGGUCGCAAAGUUGAAGACCCUGAUCUCUUGGAGAGAAUUCGUUUGACCAUCAUCAACAACCUACUUAAGUAUCACCCGGAGUCCAGCGAGCGGCUUGCAAUGGGUGAAGCUUUUGGAAUAAAACCACCAGAAAAAAAGGUUGAUGUUGAUAUUGCAACUCACAUACAUGUUAAGGAAGAUGGACCUAGGAGAAGCUUGCUCUAUAUAGAGACAGCAGACCGACCAGGGCUGCUGUUAGAGAUGAUCAAAAUCAUGGCGGAUGUCAAUGUAAAUGUUGAAUCUGCGGAGAUCGAUACAGAAGGGUUGGUGGCAAGGGACACGUUUCACGUCAGUUACAGAGGAGCAGCAUUGAACAGUUCCUUGUCUCAGGUCCUUGUGAAUUGCCUGCGUUACUACCUGCGGAGGCCUGAAACUGACGAAGAUAGCUACUAGGAGGAUUAUACUUCACUUACGCUAAUCCUCACCUCUACAAUGUUGUAUGGCAAGAAAUCAAGGUUAUAUGCAAACGAAAUGCUUUUCUUGAACUUAUAUAUAACUAAAUCGUCAUCUUAAGUUCGAACCCGAAAAAGAAUCGUCGUCAUACAACUAUGAAAUUCAUGGGAGGCACAGAUGAUUAUUUUAGUUGUAAUGGGAAGAAAGCCUUCCUUAAAUGUCACAUACAUCCAGACAUGCAUGUUAUCAGAGCCUCCCUUAACAAUUCUGUGUGAUGGUGCUGUAAUAUCCAUAUCUUUCUCCAAACCUAUUGAUCUUCUUGUUCUUUA